AUGCGGAACUACAUUUGGGCUCUGCUUGGCUUGGCCGCCGUGCCCCAGGCAUUGGCAGCUGACACUCUUUCGACGAGCGGAUUCAACCUGUGCAUGACCGACUCGGCAAUCAACGUCCAGAAGAUGGAUGUCACCUACACGCGCUCCUCCGGAGUUGUUGUUUUCGACGUGGCUGGUACCAACGCGAAGCAACAGAAGGUCACUGCGGCCAUCACAGUCACUGCCUACGGAAGAGAACUAUACAAGAAGGAAUUCGAUCCAUGUGGCGACGAGAUCCACGUGGAUCAGCUUUGUCCUGUCCCCAAGGGCACCUUCAAGGCCAGUGGGUCUAUGGAGAUCCCACAAGAAUAUGCCAGCCAGAUCCCUGCUAUCGCGUUCAACAUGCCUGAUCUCGACGGCCAGGCAAAGCUGGUCCUCAAAUCCAAGGGGGACAGUGCGAGCAACGUGGCUUGCAUCCAGUCUGAGUUGUCCAACGGCCAUUCCACCAAUGUUAAGGCUGUCACCUAUGUCUCUGCGGGCAUUGCAGCAGGCGCUCUGGCACUUACCGGUGUCUCUGCUGCUGGCGCGGCCGGAGGUGUUGGCGCGCCAUCGCACAGCCCUGGUUUUGGCGAUGUAAUGGGCUGGUUCCAUUCCAUGGCUACCAACGGUAUGCUUAGUGUCGCAUAUCCAUCCGUCUACAGCAGCUUCUCCAAGAACUUCAUGUGGAGUACCGGUCUGAUCCCCUGGCCUAGCAUGCUGAACUCCAUCGACAGCUUCCGAAGUGCUACUGGUGGUAACACAACCACCGAAAGCUACGCCUUCUUGAAGAAUGCUUCUUUGUCCACCAGUGCCUCAUCGUCCAAUACCACUAAGCGCAGCUGGGACUACACAAUUCAAUUCGGCGAGCUUGUUGCUCGCUCAAUUGAUGCAUCUGCCGACGACACUGUCUCAAACAGCACUUCAAGCAGUGACGACGAUAGCGGGAGCUCAAGCACUGUGGACAGGUUCAAGGAGAUCUCAAAUGAGCUCCUGGUCCCAUCUGCUGAUGUUUUCAUGACCGUCCUUCUGAUCUUCGCCAUUGUCAUUGCUGUCGUCGUCGUUGGAAUUCUUCUCGUCAAGGUCGUCCUUGAACUUUGGGCGCUGUACGGAAGAUUCCCAGAAAAGCUGUCCGACUUCCGAAAAGACUACUGGGGUAUCAUGGCACGGACAAUUACCAACAUGAUUUUGGUGCUUUACAGCAUUUGGGUGCUAUACUGUGUCUACCAACUUCGCAAGGGUGACUCGUGGGCCGCAAAGACACUGGCUGCGAUCACCCUGGCUUUGUUCACGGCGCUGCUUAUGUUCUUUGCUGUCCGUAUUGUUUACAUGGCUCGCAAGUAUAAGAGAGCCGAAGGAGAUUCCUCCGGCCUAUACGAGAACAAGGACACCUGGAAGAAGUACAGUUUGUUCUACGACAACUACAAGAAGGAUUUCUGGUGGAUUUUCAUCCCUGUCAUUGUGUAUGCACUGGUCAAGGGAUGCAUCAUCGCCGGUGGUGAAGGUCAUGGCCUGUUCCAGAGUGCAGGCCAGCUUGCCUGCGAGGUCCUUCUUUUGGGACUUCUAGUGUGGAGUCGUCCAUAUGCUACCAAGGCAUCCAUGGGUAUCAACAUUGCUGUCCAGGUCGUUCGCGUUCUGUCCAUUGCCUGCGUUUUGGUGUUCGUCGAGGAGCUUGGCAUGUCCCAAACCACUAAGACGGUCACUGGUAUUGUCCUCAUCGUUGUCCAGUCUACCCUGACUGCUGUCCUCGCUAUUCUCAUCACUGUCAACGCCAUCAUUUCCUGCUGCCGCGAGAACCCCCAUGCCAGACGCAGAAGGGAAGCUGGUAAGUCAUCCACUCCGAACCAAUUGAAUCCCCAUGAUCACAUUACUAACGUUGCUUUCCUUCCAGAAAAAGCAAACCGCGAUAUUGACGACCUGACCCCCUUGGAUGCUCGGGACUCACUUCUCAUGGAGCACCCCCAGCGCAAGGAGUACACCGAAAUGAGCCACUUCAACUUCACCGGUCCCUACGAGCCAUACCGUGACCAACCCCACCGACCAGGGUCUCAUGGCAGCAACGAGCACCAUGGACUGGUCGGAAAUGACUACGGUGUGGCGCACGGUCGCAGCACCAGUCCCGACAGUCGAAGCUCAAUCGACGGCCGCCAUCCCACUAAACCGGGGUAUGGAAUGGCAUACUAA